UGGAAGAACGAAAGAGUGAAGAUGAAGCUCCAGCUUAUUGUCUUCUUGGUGCUUGUACAAGUUUCACUUGCAGAAAAGAUGCAAAAUGUGACUGCACUUAAGGGCUCCACUGUGGAUCUACGCUGUCCUAUUAGCAAAUCUGAUAAAGGCAUCGUUGAAUGGAGGGACCCAGACAACAAUAUUAUGUUCUUCAACGAUAUUUCAGCAAUAAAGGACAAACGAUACAGCAUCACCAAGCUGACCAACUCACAGUUCUCCAUCAGUAUCACCAAUGUCACCUUUACAGAUGGGGGUGUUUACACAUGCACACAAUAUAAACCCAAACUGUCAGUGAAGACAGUGAGGGUGACAGUAUUGGAUCUUCCAAGAAUGUCAGUGACGAGGGAAGGAGAGAAGUCUGCUGUAAAAUGCACCGCUAAGGGAAACAACCAACCUCCCAAGAUCACUUGGAAACUUAAAAAUGAACCUGAAUUUCAAUUUCAAGGAACUACAUAUGAAGAACCCAAAACUUUUGCCACAGCAGCAAUCUUAUAUGUUUAUCCUGAGAAUAGCAGAGUCACUGUGAAGUGCCUUGUUCACCACCCAGAUCUGCAUGCAGGGCCUUUGAUGCAGUUUGUGAAAGUUGGAAAACAGAAAACAAAACUUGUCCUUGAAUCCACCUCCAGUCCUUCCACAGCACAGCCUCAGAGUUCUGUGAGGGCGCUGAGGACAACUUCAAGAUCCUUUAUAAGCAAUAACCCAGCAGUCCGCUUUUCAACCACAAACACAAAUGGUCCCUCAGUAGAGUGGUCAUCUGCGCCCAAUGAGAUGCUUACUGCCAGUGACCCCAAGACUUUCACCGUGACCCCUGCAGGACCUUCUGUGGAGCCAGCUACAUCUGUUCACUUACAUUUCAACACCACUGUACUAUCUACAGAGGACUCGCUCAACUCUACAACACCAGACCUAAUUUGGAAUGACACCACCUCUGAAACAACGAACACUACAGGUGAUUUACAAGAGGACAUAAACCUGUAUAAUACUACAAAGACAAACAUGACAGACCCUGAUAAGAGAACAGAAAGGAAACAAAGCUCUUCCUUAUUAGUACUUCUGGUGACAUGCCUCAUAUUUGCCCUUCUGGUUGUGGUUAUUUUCUUUGCUAUCAAGCUGAGGAGAGCACACAUUGCCUGGAAGAAAGUUUUCAUUGUUACAGAGAAUGAAGACUGCGACCCAUCAGAAACUAGCAGUAAGUCAAAAUCAAGCCAAGAAGAAAAGAACUCCCAAGGGCAAAGGCGAAGAGGACUCUUCAACACGGUAUUUGCACAGUAUGUUGUUGAGGAUCCAGCAGCAAUAACUUCAGUAACAAACCCAAAUGCAAUGACUCGAAAAGAAAGCGCCACCAUAGAGCAGACCUCUCAAAGUCAGACGCAAGCCGCAGUCAGAAGCAACAUAAAGGAGACUUCACUUUAAUAACUUCAGACGACGGAACCUCGUGGUCAAGUUUGUCAUCAAAUGAUGAACCUGACCAGUAAAGUCAGAUUCCCUGACUUUACUAAACCUGUAAUUGUGUUUCCAGAGUCAAGAGUCUACAAGGAGCAGCACAAUAAAAGGAGGCAUUACCUACCUUUGCACUCAGAAACUUUACUAUUAUAGUUAUGAACCAUCCUGGGAUAGUCAUUAAAAGAUUAUAAACUACUGAUAUGCAUGUGUGUUAACCUCAAAUACUCAAAUGCAAACAGUUUUGGUGUGUUGUUUGUGAAUGCAAUAUAUAAAAAUGCCAAAAUCUGAAAAUUACAACAAAUCAUGAUACAGUACAAAGACAGUUUGUUGUUAAAAGUCAUGUAUUUAUUAGGAAAUUGUCCUUUCUUAGAUUUGAAAUGUUUUUUAGAUUUUUAACUAAAGACCAACUGUCAUACCAUGGAAAAUAGAUAUUUUUCUUUCCUAUGCAAUAUGUGAAAAUGAAGUGAAGCGGAGGAGUCUGCUGGUGUUUAUGUCUAAUAACUACACAACUGCACGUGUUCUUGAUAAAAUGCUUGUUUACACUGUUUACAUGGAAAAGAAUGUAUUUUUUUUUUACACAGAAAUGUAAAUAUAUGUAUGCAUUUUGUACCAAUAAAUAUUAUUUUGCUACAAAAUAUUGUAUGAGAGAGGAUGAGUAUCAAUAUGGAUAAAUUAUAUUGAUCAGUUUUUAUCAUCCUUAUUAAUUAGGUGAAUAACUAACUACAGACGGUUCCCUAUGAAACAGACUUUCUGAGUCUCAUCAAGGCAAUAAUGAACAACUGGAAGGUUACAAACACUUGAACCAAACAAUAAGCAUGGCACGUUGUGAAUAAGUAGAAAAAUUAACAAUAUAAAAGGAAAGACAUGUUUUCACUCAGCUGUUUUCAUCUAAAUAUUAGAUUAAAACAAAAAGAUGUACUUUAAUAAUGUGGUUAAACUCGUUAUCAGCAUCAGCACAAUCCUUGUAAAAGUAUGCGCUUCAGCCAAUGACCUUUUAUUUUAAUAAAGGAUGCCAUGCUCA